AUGGCUGCAACUCUUGCGAAACACUGUGACACCCCUCCAUUCACCGAUCACAAAGAUCUACACAACGUCAUUGAUGCGACACAACUUGGUGACGUCCCCUGGCAAUGUUUCUUGGUUCAAUACACAGGAGAACACCCUGAGGUUGUCCCACCAUGGAUGGAUGAUGAAUUUGAGGUCUGGUAUAGGGACCCCCGUGAGAUGGCGCACAACAUAUUGGCCAACCCUACCUACAAGGAUGAAAUUGACUAUGUGCCAUUUCGUGAGUAUAAUGCAUUGGACGACACGUGCCAAUGGAAAGACUUUAUGUCUGGAGAUUGGGCAUGGCAUCAGGCAGACACCAUAUCAAAAGAUCCAGAAACCUGUGGAUCUACUUUAGUCCCAAUCAUUCUUAGUAGUGACAAGACUACUGUCUCCAUUGGCACUGGUAACAACAAAUACUAUCCACUCUAUGCCUCAAUCGAAAAUGUACGCAACAAUGUGUGGCGCGCUCACCAAGAUGCUGUUGUUAUCAUCAGUUUCCUCGCUAUACCCAAAACUGACAAGAAGUAUUCUAAAGAUGAUGUGUUUCGGAUAUUUCAUUGUCAGCUAUUCCACAGCUCACUAUCUGCAAUUCUCUCCAGCCUGAAACCUGCAAUGACUGAGUAUGAGGUUGUGCGCUGUGGAGACGGUCAUUUUCGGCGCAUUAUAUACAGUCUAGGACCCUACGUUGCAGAUUAUGAGGAACAACUGGUGUUAUCCUGCAUUGUUAAACAUUGGUGCCCAAAAUGUAUCGCACUUCGAACAGACCUCGAUAGUGGUGGUGUGUACCACUGUCACAAGCAUACUGAUUUCAUGGUCAAUGAACUACACGGGGAUAUAUUGUGGGAUGAAUGUGGUCUCAUUGGCGAUUUCAUUCCAUUUAUGAAUGACUUCCCCCAAGCUGACAUUCAUGAAUUGCUAUCAUUCAACCUCCUCCACCAGCUAAUCAAAGGUGCUUUCAAAGAUCAUCUUGUCGACUGGGUAGCAAAGUACCUCAAGGCUUUGCAUGGUACCAGAAGGGCAGACAAGAUCAUGAGCAACAUAGAUCACACAGUUGCUGCUGUAGCAUCAUUCUCAGGCCAUGACUUCAAACAGUGGACGGGUGAUGAUUCAAAAGCGCUCAUGAAGGUCUUUCUUCCAGCUAUCGAAGGCCACGUACCUGAAGACAUGGUGUGUGCAUUUCACACAUUGUUAGAAUUUUGCUACCUUGUGCGGCACAAUAUAUUUGAUAUUGUUGUUCCUACCUUCUCACUCCCCCACCAGCACUUGAUGACUCAUUACACAGACAUGAUACAACUCUUCGGUGCCCCAAAUGGUCUAUGUUCUUCAAUCAUGGAAUCAAAACACAUCAAGGUGGUAAAGGAGCCCUGGCGGUGGUUGAGCAAGCACAAUGCUCUUGGUCAGAUGCUUGUGACCAAUCAACACCUUGACAAGCUUGCAGCAUCACAACUCUACCCAAAUGAUCCUCGCAACCCCAAAGAUGUCCCAGCUGCUAGCUGCCCUAGACAUGAAGGCAAGCUUCAGGUCUUUAAUUUGGCUGCUGCAACAUUCUAUGCUCCCAGUGAUCCAAGUGGCAUUGGCAGCAUGCGACGUGAACAUGUCUGUGCAUGCCCACUCUGGAGGAACAAGUACCCACGCAAUGAUUGUGUAGUGAUAUGUUUCUUUUCUUUCAAACACGACUGGGAAGUAUAUUCAUGUGUUCUCAUCCAAUGGUUCAACAAGAUUGGUGAUUGUGCCGAUGAAGACACUGGCAUGUGGAUGGAUGGCUCCUGGAACCUUGCUGUCAUUCAUAUUGAGAUGGUCUACCAUGCAGUGCACCUGAUACCUGUCUAUGGCUCUGAGUACAUCCCUCACUCCCUCAAGUUCUAUCAUUCUUAUGAUUCUUUCCAUUCAUUUUAUGUCAACAAAUAUGCUGAUCACCAUGCCUUCAAGAUAGCAUCCUGA